AUGUCGUUUCUACGCCGUCGCUUCGGCGGCGCAAAUCUUACCCCCGACUCGCCCAUAGAAUCCCGCGAACCCUCGCCAUCACCCGGCCAGCCCCGUCCGUCGCAUUUGCGGGUGAUCACGGCUGAGCAGCUACACACACUCAAGAAGAAGGGUAAGAGCAAGCGGAAGAAUGCGUGGAUCUUCGGGCUUGGUGGGCUGUUUGGGCUGGUGGUCGCAGGCUUCUUCGCGAGCAACAAUGAGAUGAUUGACUUGAAGAGCUUGGAGGGCAUGAAUCUGGAUAGUAUCCUCGACGCAUUGCCUGCGAGCUUCGUGAGCAAUGCUCAGCAGUUACAGAAACAAGAACGCGAUGCAGUGAACUACGACUCCUUCGCCGUGGGCCUACACGCGAGCAGUCAAGGCAUCAAGGCACACCACCCUGUCAUCAUGAUCCCUGGUGUCAUCUCGACAGGACUCGAAUCGUGGGGUACAGAAGAGGGCUCGAGGCAAUACUUCCGCAAGCGAUUAUGGGGCUCGUGGAGCAUGAUGCGCGCCUUGGUGCUGGAUAAAGCAAGCUGGAAACGACACAUUAUGCUGGACAAAAACACGGGACUUGAUCCGCCUGGAAUAAAGCUACGCGCAGCCCAAGGCUUUGACGCGGCAGACUUCUUCAUCACGGGAUACUGGAUCUGGAACAAGAUCCUCGAGAACCUCGCUACUAUCGGGUACGACCCUGGAAAUGCUUUUACUGCAGCUUACGACUGGCGCAUGUCUUAUAUGAACUAUGAGAUCCGCGAUCAAUACUUUACCCGCCUAAAGUCGCAUAUCGAAGUCGCCGUGCGCGUCUCCAACAAGAAAGUCGUGUUGCUAUCGCAUUCUAUGGGCUCGCAGGUUCUAUACUACUUCCUCCAUUGGGUCGAAGCCGAAGGCUAUGGCAACGGGGGACCAGGCUGGGUCGAUGCCUACAUUGACUCCUGGAUCAACAUCAGCGGCUGCAUGCUAGGCACCCCCAAAGACCUCCCCGCCGUGCUUUCCGGCGAAAUGAAAGACACGGCCCAACUCAACGCCUUCGCAGUCUACGGCCUUGAGAAAUUCCUCUCGCGCUACGAACGCGCCGAGAUCUUCCGCGCCAUGCCAGGCCUCAGCUCCAUGCUGCCCAUGGGCGGCAACGCCGUCUGGGGCAACGCAACAUGGGCGCCCGACGACCUGCCCGGGCAAAACGUCAGCUACGGAAACUUUGUGCGCUUCCGCGACCACAAUUCCACGCUCACGGCCAAGAACCUCACCAUGGAAGACAGUAUCCCUUACCUCUUCAAAAACAGCGAACAGUGGUACAAGGAUAUGGUCCUCUCGUCCUUCUCCCACGGCGUCGCGCACACCAAGAAACAAGUCGAAGACAACCAACUCAUCCCCGCGAAAUGGCUCAACCCCCUCGAAACGCGUCUCCCUCUCGCCCCCAAGUUUAAAAUCUACUGCUUCUACGGCAUUGGCAAGGAGACGGAGCGCGCGUACUACUAUCGCAAUGACGACGAGCCAUUCUCCGGGCUCAACGUCACGCUAGACACGGGGUUUAUCAGCGGGGCGGAGACGCCGGAGGGGCCUGUGGAUCAUGGCGUUGUUAUGGGCGAGGGGGACGGCACGGUCAAUUUGCUGAGUAGCGGGUACAUGUGCGCCAAAGGGUGGAAGCAGAAAAGGUACAAUCCCGCAGGCGUCAAGAUUACGACGUUUGAGAUGAAGCAUGAGCCGGAUCGGUUUAAUCCUAGGGGUGGGCCUAAUACUGCGGAUCAUGUGGAUAUCCUGGGCCGGUCGAGUCUGAAUGAUUUGAUUCUGCAGGUUGCGGGCGGACGGGGCGAACUAAUUGAGGAGACGAUUCAUUCGAACAUUAGGGAGUAUGCGGAGAAGGUGAAGAUUUACUAUGAUGACGAUGACUAGGGACGGGCGAUGAUUGUGACGUCCACGGUGGGUAUGUUGAUAUUCCUAUGCUUGGGCUGUCGUAUCUCCUUCGGAACGGGGUUCUGGAUUGGGAUGAUACCAUAGAGUGAUUCCAAUGAGUAUUUCACCAUUUCAUA